UGGCACCAUGGCGUCGCUCUUCAGCGGGGCCUUGCAGCUGACGGACCUGGACGACUUCAUCGCGCCGUCUCAGGAUUGCAUCAAGCCCAUGAGGGUGGAUAAGAGGCCGGGAAGCGGCGCGGCCAAGAUCCACAUCGAAGAUGAUGGGAGUUACUUCCAAGUCAGUCAGGAUGGAGGGACGAAGAAGCUGGAGAGGGCCAAGAUCUCGCUGGACGACUGCCUGGCGUGCAGUGGCUGCGUCACUUCGGCAGAGACCGUGCUCAUCACUCAGCAGAGCCACGAGGAGCUGCGGAAGGUUCUAGGUGCUAAUAAGAUGGCAGCGCCCGAUCAGCAGAGGCUGGUUGUCAUCUCGGUCUCUCCCCAGUCCAGAGCGUCGCUGGCUGUGAGAUUUCAGCUGAAUCCUACAGACACCGCCAGGAAAUUAACUGCAUUCUUUAAAAAAAUAGGGGCACACUACGUGUUUGAUACCACCUUCUCGAGGAACUUCAGCCUCCUCGAGAGCCAGCGGGAGUUCGUGCGGCGAUUCCGAGCACAGGCCGAUUCCAAGCAGGCCUUGCCUGUGCUGACUUCCGCCUGCCCAGGCUGGAUCUGCUACGCCGAGAAGACCCACGGGAACGUCCUCCUCCCCCACAUCAGCACCGCCCGGUCCCCGCAGCAGGUCAUGGGCUCCCUGGUCAAGGACUUCUUCUCCCAGCAGCAGCAUUUGACCCCCGACAAGAUCUACCAUGUGACGGUUAUGCCCUGCUACGACAAAAAGCUGGAAGCCUCCAGACCCGACUUCUUCAGCCAAGAGCACCAGACACGCGAUGUGGAUUGUGUCAUCACAACAGGAGAAGUCUUCAAGCUGCUGGAAGAAGAAGGGGUCUCGCUGUCAGAGCUGGAGCCGGCUCCCCUGGACAGUCUGUGCAGCAGUGUAUCUGGCCAGGAGCCUACCAGCCAUCAGGGUGGGGGCUCGGGGGGCUACCUGGAGCACGUGUUCCGGUAUGCAGCCCAGGAGCUCUUUGGAAUCCACGUCACUGAAGUCACCUACAGACCCCUGAGGAACAAGGACCUCCAGGAGGUGACUCUGGAGAGGGAGGGCCGGGUCCUGCUGCACUUCGCCGCGGCCUACGGCUUCCGCAACAUCCAGAACCUGGUGCAAAAGCUGAAGCGAGGCCGCUGCCCAUACCACUAUGUGGAGGUCAUGGCCUGCCCUUCAGGCUGCUUGAAUGGUGGAGGCCAGCUCAAGGCCCCCGACAUGCCUGGCAAGGAGCUUCUCCAGCAGGUUGAGAGGCUAUACAGCAUGGUCAGGACCGAGGCACCAGAAGACGCACCUGGGGUCCAGGAGCUGUAUGGGCACUGGCUGCAGGGCGAGGGCUCAGAGCAGGCCAGCCGCCUGCUGCACACAAGCUACCACGCGGUGGAAAAGGCUGGCUCCAGCCUCAGCAUCAGGUGGUAGGAGGCCUCAAGGAUCCACCCGGCCCAACACAGCCAGCACCGGGACUCCCAGGAAGGCGUGUGGAAUCUCCAGCAGGGAAGUCGCCCGAGACCCCAGGGCACACCCCCAAAAUGCCAGAUGAGAUGUGGGGACACUGGGACCCACAUAGAGAUGGGACUCAGGACCCCCAGCCGGUAAAGGUGACUUCCAGCCUGUGCUCACCCAGACUCCCCGCUGCAGGGGGGCCAGAGGUUCCACCACCUGCUGGAACCUCUCCAUGGGCCCAGAGCCCUAGAGGUGCCCUGACUCCUCCUGGUUGUGGCGGCCUAAGCUGUGAGGGUUUCAGCUCGUCCUGUGGGGAGCUUAAGGAAGAGAAAAGGGGGGGUUCCUCAUCCGCCAUUUCUAGAGUCACCUGAAGCUGCGAUGUGGAGGGUGGUGAUAGGCUGGACCUGCCAGGCUGGUCAAGCUCACAGCAGAGCUUGGGGAACCCUGCCACACUGGGCAGCAGAGGACACUGGCAGGAGACAGGCACCUGGCCCAUGACCCCAGCUGGGGAUGGGUGCUCCCUCCACCUAGAACCAGGUGUUCAACGAAGCUGCGGUCUCUGGGGCUUGAGAACCUGUGUCUUGGGGGCUGAGUCCAGAUGGGAAGGACUCUUGCUAUCAGGCCUCAGUGGUCUCUCUGGCUGAGUCCUGUGUCCACAGCUGGACCCCCACUUAAGGGGCAGGGGGAGGGCAGAUUGCAUUCAGCCCACCAGGCCUGGCCCCGAGAAGCUCACUUCUAGUAAAGGGAACUCUCUCUGAAA